GAAGUUUUCAGGGAAGGACUCGGAAGCUCUGAAUUCUCAGGGAAGGACUGUCCGGUCAUUAUAAAUACCAAAAAUCCUCCACAACAAUGUCACCACCCCAUAGAAGAAGACUUGUUGAUUUUCUCUCUUUUUUAGUUGAGUUUGUGAGAUUUUUGAAUUUGGGUUUUGAUUCAGGAUGACUAUCCUCAUUGAUCAACCUGACUUUGGAGUUGAGGCUCAUGAGGAACAUGAGGAACAGAAGAUCCCAAACAAUGAAAAUGAAUUGGUGUUGGAUGGUGGAUUUGUGGUGCCAGAGAUCAAUUCAUUUGGCCAAAACUUUAGGGAUUAUGAUGCAGAGAGUCUCAGGCAACAAGGGGUAGAGGAUUUUUACCGCGUCAAUCACAUCAACCAAACUUUCGACUUUGUGAAGAAGAUGAGAGAAAAGUAUGGGAAAGUGGACAAGGUGGAGAUGAGCAUAUGGGAAUGUUGUGAGCUUCUAAAUGAUGUUGUGGAUGAGAGUGACCCUGAUUUGGAUGAACCUCAAAUUGAGCACUUAUUGCAGACAGCCGAAGCUAUUAGGAAAGACUAUCCCAAUGAAGAUUGGCUUCACUUGACUGGCCUUAUCCAUGAUCUUGGGAAGGUUCUUCUUCUUCCUAGCUUUGGGGAGCUUCCUCAAUGGGCUGUUGUAGGUGACACAUUCCCAGUAGGCUGUGCUUUUGACGAAACAAUUGUCCAUCACAAGUACUUCAAAGAAAAUGCAGACUAUGACAAUCCAGCUUACAACACCAAAUUUGGAAUUUAUUCUGAGGGUUGUGGACUCAACAAUGUGAUGAUGUCAUGGGGCCAUGAUGACUACAUGUAUUUGGUGGCUAAGGAAAACCAUACAACUUUACCUUCAGCGGGCCUUUUCAUUAUCAGAUAUCACUCAUUUUAUGCUUUACAUAAGUCAGGAGCAUACAAACACUUGAUGAAUGAAGAAGACAUUGAGAAUCUAAAGUGGCUCCAAAUAUUUAACAAGUAUGACCUAUACAGUAAGAGCAAAGUCAGAAUCGAUGUCGAAAAAGUCAAGCCAUACUAUCUCUCUCUCAUUAAAAAGUACUUCCCUGAGAAGCUGAGAUGGUGAAAAUUUGGAGCUAUGGGUUGAUAAUUUUAGCGUGUGAAUGGUGAUGGAGACUUUUAGAUGCAUUUCUUUUUUUAGGGGUUUUUGUUUUGGUUUUUUGUUUUUGUUUGUGUGCUUCGAUGUUGACUACUACAUCGUGAAAUAAUAUUAUGUAUUUAUGGUUCUUUUGGAAUAAUAUAAUGGGGUAUUUGUGAAGAGGGUUAAAGUUCAAA